CUCUACCUCUCCCCUCUCCCUCUCCCCCUCCCCCUCCCCCUCCCUCUUCUAUCACUUUCUUUCAAAUAACUCUCUCAACCAUUUUUCCAAUUUUUCAAAAGCUCUCUCUCUCUCCAGAUAUAUAUAUUGUUAUACAAUGGCAGCCUUUUCAUACAAUGGCAGCCUUGACUCAAUUUUCUUGCCCAACGCUCCGGCUACCAAUGACAUCAUCAUUUACAGUAACUUCUCUCGAUCUUUUUACCCAUCUGAGCCUUUAACCCGGGAAAUUCAAGCUGAUAAUAAUUCAAGAGCUGUUGAAAGCAGCUGCACUAUGGAUCACAGCUCCACUCAUAAGGUUGCUUUUAGUGACAAUGAGAAUGAGCCUUCUGUGACCAAAAACAAGAGCAGAGAGUCCUCAACUGUUGUGGAUGUGGAUAGGCUUGAAAUUGGUGAGCAGGUCACUCAGAAAGUAACUCCUAUGGACAAGAAGAGAAAAUCCAGAAUUGGGUCAUCCUUCAAUUCUGCUCAAUCCAAGGGUACUAAAGAGCAUAAGGGAAAGAAGCAAAAGAAGGCUGGUGGCGGUACCAAGAAGGCUGAGGAAAAGAAGAUUAAAUCAGAUAAAAAAGACCAGGUGAAAGUGAGAGAAGAACCUCCAACUGGCUACAUUCAUGUUAGAGCAAGGAGGGGUGAGGCUACAGAUAGUCACAGCCUUGCAGAAAGGGUGAGAAGAGAGAAAAUUAGUGAGAGGAUGAAGAUGCUGCAAAAACUUGUCCCUGGCUGUGACAAGGUAACUGGAAGGGCAGUCAUGCUGGAUGAAAUUAUCAAUUAUGUUCAGUCCCUACAAAAUCAAGUGGAGUUCCUCUCACUGAAACUUGCUUCUUUGAAUCCAAUGUUCUUUGACUUUGGAAUGGACAUGGGUGCUUUAGUGGUUAAACCAGAGAGAUUGUGUAGCAUGGAAUCACCAUAUCCAUCUGUGCAACAAUGCAACCCAAUACAGUCCACACCUUUUGCUGAUACAUCCACCAAUAUCACUGCCACCACUGCCGCUGCCACUACCGCCUUCACCACAAAUAACAACUAUCAUUUUCUGGACAAUUCAGCUUCACAUCUACUUCAAAGGCCAAAUACCUUCUCGCAGGACAGUGAGAGCUUGUUGUGGGAUGUGGAAGAUCAAAGACAAAACUUUCAUAAUCCAUGUGGUUUCAGCAACAGCAACUUGUGUUCUUUGAAUUAAUUAUAAUGCAAAAAAGCUGCCCCACAAGCAUACCAGCAUAUGGUUGGCCCUCAUUUCCUGUCUCAUACUUAAAAACAAGUACAUAAUUAUAACAAAUUGAUAAGAUUAUUACUAGUUAAAUCAAUGUAAUACCACGUACUUGUGUUUAUUAUAGCCUUUAAUCAUUGUAUGAAACUUUUACUAUACUCCGAUGUAUAAGAUCUUAAUCAAUGAAUUAUUCAGUGUAUUAGAUCUUUGUCAAUGAAUUCUUGAUGAACGACCA